UGGAAAAAUAGAUAUUUUUGUCUCUCUGCUCUGCAUUGCUCCUUAUCCUUCUCUCUCACUGCUUCCUCUUAGAGCAGUUUUCAGCAGUGGGCUCAGUUCAUUUUCCGUUAAUCUUAAUUCUCAGCAGAAGCAAUCAAAAUCCUACGCUUGUAAUCCAUUCGGCAUCCGCACCUCCUACAAUGGCCGCCUUUCGUCUUGUAUAUUUGCCUCCCGCCGCCGCUCAAUUCUCCCACAACCACCUAUUCCUUCCGUCGCCGCCGCCCAACCCUUGUCUCCUUUCUCUCACCACCAAGCACCGGAGGUCCAAUCUUCAGCUGUUCCUUGCUCAAGUCCAAGUCCAAGCCCAGCCCACCAUUAAAUCAGAGACCGCCAUCGAGAAUGUCGUAGAAGAAGAAGAAGAAGUUUCUAAGACGAGGUUGCUUGUCCAGAAUGUUCCAUGGACAUGCACUGUGGAUGAUAUUCGACCCCUGUUCGCGAAUUAUGGUACUGUUGUUGAUAUUGAGUUUUCGAUGUAUAAUAAAACUAAAAACAGGGGUCUUGCUUUUGUGACGAUGGGCUCACAUGAAGAAGCUCUUGCCGCUUUAAACAAUCUUGAAUCCACUGAAUUUGAGGGUAGAGUUCUGAAGCUUAACUGGGCUAAGCCAAAGAAGAAGAAACCUUCAUCUUUGCCGCAGCCCAAGCCACUGCCAGUACACAAUUUGUUUGUUGCUAAUUUGCCGUUUCAGGCGGGGGCCAAUGACCUUAAGAAUUUCUUUAAUGCCGAUAAUGCGAAUGUUGUUUCCGCUGAAGUCAUAUUUCAGGAUAAUCCUAGACGAUCCGCAGGGUAUGGCUUUGUUUCCUUCAAUACUAAGGCAGAGGCGGAGGCAGCACUUGCCAUUUUUCAAGGAAAGGAGUUUAUGGGGAGAGCAAUUCGUGUUGCACGCAGUAGAAGAUUUUUGAGACAGGAGACGAAGUCCGCUAUUCAAUCAGAGAGUGCUGAAGUGAAUUGAAUUCUGUUGGGCAAAAACAUGAGAGAAUGUGAUCAGCUGCUGUUUAAUCACUUGAGCUCAGUGAGUUUUCCCAUAUCUGUGCCCGUUGUGAAUACAUGCCAGUGUUAGUCCAGUUUGUAUCUGCAGCUGAAAUAGAAUUUAACUUCAGCUUUACUCUUUUUCUACGACUUGAUAUCUGUUUAUAUAUUUUUUUGGCCAUCCAGUUAUUGAGGCGAUCUUGUCCUGCUAAAACCUAUAAAAGAUAUGAUCUUUGAUA